UAGUUUUGAAUCAAAAUUUUUGGUACCAUGCCGUGAUAAUAGCAUGGAUUAUUGCAAGAACCAUAGGAUAGUGUGUGCCACUUAACUGUUGUUAKCAGGAUAYAAUGUGUCGAUGAAAGAYGAUGGCUAAACCUUCGAAGUCUGUAGUCUUCAAAGCCACGUGUACCAUUUUGGUGAUUGUGUUGCUUGGUCAAAUAUCAUUGCUUUUUAUUUGCCARUGCGACGACGGUGUUCGCCCUGUCGUUAAAAGAUCUACAGAUUGCCUAGAUAGUAUUAAAGUUUAUUCACAAAAACUCCAAAAGCUUCAGAGGCUUGUAAAGAAGUUAAAAGAACAGCUUUCUACUCAAAGUCAUAUUAUCCAAAAGCUUGGCAGGAAAAAUCAAGAUUUAUCGAUUCUUGUGGAGGCCUACAAACGCACUGAUAGAUCGAAAUUUACUCAUCAUAUACACAGCAGUAGUUUUCGAGACUUAACCAAAGAGUUUUCCCAAGGAGAAAUUUUGAAUUCAGAGUUUGUCGUKAACACUUUUAGCAGCUAUGCGUUUAAUGCUAUUUAUUCGUUAACUAACGGUUUGAGUAACAAUCCCGCACAACGACCUCUUCCUCAGUCUUGUAAUGGUAAGGAAUACAACGACGCAGUUAAUUUUGCCGUUAAACAAAUCAAUGAAGACUCCCAGGACUCAAGGGAGGCYUCUGACUUUGAUUUGGUAGAUGGUAUUACAAGGACAGAUAGUUUGAAAGGAGCUGAAUAUGAAUUAUACUUCAGAAAUGAUCAAAUGAAUGUGUACCAUAAAGUCAGGGCUGUGAGGUUAUUCAGUCCUUUACAACUUCUUGGAAGUGUUGAAACAAUUGAUACAAACCAUGACAUCAUCAACCUUAUCCUUCCACUUUCGAAAAGAAUUGAAAAAUUCYGCCUCUUCAUGAAACAUUUUAUUUCUGUUGGAAUYCACUGGGACCGCCGRGUUCACCUUACGGUUGUGUACUUUGGCCAGGAAGGCAAACAGGAAAUUCAAGACACCCUUUCAAAUAUUUCCAAAGCUGAAAACUUUACUAAUUACAAAUUUGUAUUUUCAAAUAGAACAUUUUCAAGAGGGCUAGGAUUACAGAAGGGAGCACUUGCCUGGAAUAAUGGYAAUGUAAUACUGUUUUUCUGUGACGUGGAUAUAUACUUUACUCCUGAUUUCCUGGAAAGGUGUCGCUUUUAUUCGUCACCUGGUCAACAAGUUUAUUAUCCAGUUGUAUUCAGUCUGUAUAACCCUAUGAUAGUUUAUGGUGGAGAUCCUCCCCCUUCUCUUAGUGACCAGUUUAAGAUCAACAGAGACACAGGUUUUUGGAGACAGUAUGGUUUUGGCAUGGUAUGUCAUUACAGAAGUGACUUCAUCAAAACAGGUGGAUUUGAUUUGACAAUUAAAGGUUGGGGCAAAGAAGACAUCAAAUUAUAUAGAAAAUAUCUUUAUAGCAAGAUCAAAGUUGUGCGAUCAGUUGACAGAGGAAUAUUUCACAUGUAUCACCACAAACACUGUACACGAGACCUUACAGAUGCUCAGUAUAUAGCAUGCCUCAAUAGUAAGGUUAAAUCUGAGGGUUCACAUACACAGUUAGGUUUGAUAGCAUUUGGAGGGAAUAUUUUUGAUAGCAAAAAUCCAAAUUGGAUUGAAAAACUUCAAGCUCAGGCAGCAAAGCAGCAACAGGCAGCUGGAGAACAAAUACCAAUAACUAAGACAAACCCAAAUAUACCAGAGAAUGAAUAAAUCAAUUAAAACAAUUUUGAAUCAAUUAUCAAAUAGCAUACAAUUUAUUUUAUGAAAAUAUUGAAAACAAGAAUAUUUAUCAUAGUACAGUGCAACUUCUUUUCAAUCUGUUAUUGUAAUUAAUAAUUUAUUACUGUAUCAAAGCACCCUGGAGAAAUUAUAAUAUAUUAUCAUACUACAGAGUUAUUUCCAUACAUUUUCAGAAAGAAAACAUAAUUAAAUGAAUGAUAGCAAUAAUAUAGGGGUAUGGGGUAAAUGCUCUUUWAAUUGCAUCAAUCAAAAAAGUAAUAUUACUCUGGAAGUAAUUAUGACUUUUAAUAUAAUUCAUACAUUGAAUUCACUGGACCACCUGAAAUGACAUUUCCGAUGUUCCGAUUGUCACAACUGUCUUGASAUGUGUUCAAUUUCUGCACCUAGAACAUUCUCUAAUGUUCAAAUAGRUAUUUUAAUAAUGCCUUGUCAUUUCUCCACUUAAUCCCACCUGACAUUGUAGACCAUUUCACACAAAUGGAAAGUGGUUAAUAUUUUGAUAAGUCCUAUGGCAAAAUUGGAACAUUAGAAAUGUCUUAUUAGGUGGACAAACUUUUCAAGAUCAGCUGUAAACGAAUUUUACUUGCAUCAAAUGAUGUUGAAUAAUAACAUUUUCUCAAAUCAUGUUGUAAUAUUUUCUAUUUGCAAAACAUUAUCUUUAUUCCAUUAGCAUAUAACACAAGUUUAGAUGAAAAAAAACCCUGCUAAAUAGAACUACACUACAACAAAGUGGUUUUCCAUCAAUCAUGAAAAGAAAAAAAUACCAGUUUGAACAAGAUAAUAAACAACAAAAAACAAUG